GGUUGAUAGCAGGCGCGGUAACCUGCUUUGCUUGAAGUGAAUUGGCUGUCCAUUUCCGGCGCCGUUAUCGUUUAGGCGGUCGAAGGCCAUCAAGAUAGUGUUUAUUUCAGCUACUUGCAAAAGUCGGUAGUAAAAUGAGCGAAAUGGAGCAGAAGCUAGCCGAAGUUCUACAUUUCAAAGGCAAUGAGAAUGACGAGGGAGCAGAUCGCGUACCGGAAGUGAAAGAUGUAGUCGUACCAAAAGUGACUAGGCGGCCGACGCUUACACGAAGAAUGACCAUCGAAGAAGAACAUCAAGGAGAAUACUUUGUGCAAGAGCAAAAAAUAGAAGAUGUUGCGACAACACAAUUGGAGCAUCUAUGUCGUUUGGACAUUCGAGAACCUCCACAUGUUGUUCGUAAGACCGGAAUCAUUUGCACCAUUGGACCAGCAUGCCGCUCCGUCGAAAUGCUUCAACAGAUGAUCAACAACGGAAUGAACAUCGCUAGAAUGAAUUUCUCUCAUGGUUCACAUGAGUACCACGCUGAAACGAUUGCAAAUGUGCGAGAAGCUGCGGAAUCUUUCAGUGAAAUCAGGCAGAUUGGUAUUGCCCUUGAUACCAAGGGACCCGAAAUUCGUACUGGUCUGUUGGCCGGAGGGGCCAGUGCAGAGGUUGAACUGAAGAAGGGUGCUUCUAUUCGUCUCACUACUGACCCUAAAUUCAAGGAAUCUGGAACAGCAAUCAAUCUAUUCGUUGAUUACAAAAAUAUCCCUAAGGUAGUCCAAGUAGGAUCUCAUGUUUACGUCGAUGACGGUCUGAUCUCACUCAUUGUUGACGAAAUUCUUGAUGAUGCUAUUGUUUGUACCGUUGAAAACGGUGGCAUGCUUGGCAGCCGUAAAGGUGUAAAUCUACCUGGAACUAUUGUUGAUCUCCCUGCUGUUUCCGAUAAGGAUAUACAAGAUCUGAAAUUUGGUGUUGAACAAAAUGUGGACAUGAUCUUUGCUUCCUUCAUUCGAAACGCUGAAGGAGUGCGCACAAUCAGAAAAGUCCUAGGUGAAAAAGGAAAGCACAUCAAAAUCAUUUCCAAGAUUGAAAACCAGGAAGGUGUAGACAAAGCGGAUGAGAUCAUUGCUGAGUCUGAUGGUGUUAUGGUAGCCAGAGGAGAUCUCGGUAUUGAAAUACCGGCUGAAAAAGUUUUCCUCGCGCAGAAGAUGCUCAUUGCCAAAUGUAAUCGUGCUGGAAAACCCGUCAUCUGUGCGACACAGAUGCUUGAAUCGAUGGUAAAGAAACCUCGUCCAACACGUGCAGAAGGAAGUGAUGUGGCUAACGCUGUUCUGGAUGGAGCUGAUUGUGUCAUGCUGUCAGGAGAAACUGCGAAGGGAGAUUACCCAGUCGAGGCUCUCAAGAUAAUGCACUACAUCUGCAAGGAAGCUGAGGCUGCUCUUUACCAUCGCAAAUUCUUCGAAGAGCUUUUGGUAAACACCCCACGUCCGACUGACAUGACACAGACGAUCGCGAUAGCUGCAACCAGUGCUGCUGUCAGUUGUCAUGCUUCGGCUAUACUUCUGAUUACCACUACUGGACGUUCUGCUCUUUGCUGUUCUCGUUACAAGAGUCCUGUGCCAAUAUUAACAAUCUGCCGUAAUGCUAGUGUCUGUCGUCAACUUCAUUUGUAUAGAGGUAUCUUCCCAGUGCACUACGAUAAGCCACGUUGCGAUGAUUGGCCUACGGAUAUAGACAACAGAAUCAAUCAUGGAAUUGAAGUAGGCAAAGACAGAGGAUUCAUCCAUAGAGGAGACUUCCUCGUUGUAAUCACAGGUUGGAGACAGGGAGCUGGCUUCACCAAUACACUGCGAAUCAUCACUGCUUCUUAAAUUCACCAUAAUAAUCUCGAUCAUGAUACUCUUAUGCUAAUCCUUUUUUUU